AUGAACGUGAACAGCAAAAAGUUGCAGGUGAAGAACAAGAACGCAGCGGAGGUGCAGGUAACCGCGGAGCAGCUGAUAAAUGAGGCACUGGACCUGGAGGAAGUCGAGCAGAAGGUGAACUACAACCUGAUUGACGAGGAUGAGUUGAACGAAUACAAAAUAAGUAAGAGAAAAGAGUAUGAAGACAAAAUAAGGAAGAGAAGAUACCUCAUUAGCACGUACAUAAAGUACGCCCUCUGGGAGGUGAAGCAAAAGGACAUUAAAAGAGCAAGAUCCAUAUUCGAAAGGGCAUUAAAUAUAGACUACACAAAUGUAAAUUUGUGGUUAAAAUAUAUAGAAUUGUUCCUUCAACAUACAGUUCACAUUUUGAGUGCAACAAAGGCGUGGUGGUCCCCCUUGUUUGUGCCAUUUUGGAGAAUUUCCGAAACGGCUUUUUAA